AUGCCCUCCCAUUUCUUGAAAAGGUCAACAUCGGGCAGAAGAAAGCCAAAGCCGAAAGAUGGGAAUCAAAUUACCGUUGUAAAAGAAGACGUUUCCAAAGAAAACAUUGAAAAUGACCCUCCCGGGCUUAAUACAAACACAGAAUUCGCCCACAAUGGAUCAAGGAUUUCACAAUCGCCUGUUUUCAAUGUUGAUACAUGCGAGCAACGUAGCGAAUCGCCCCCAUGCCUGAAAGAUGCGGAGGUUGAGCAAAAAAUCGAAUUAAACGAUACUAUUUCUAAUCCCUUAACCGGAAAUCAUUCCUCGGAAUCUCUAAUUGAAAAGCUACAGAAGGAGCUUCAAUGCCAUACUUGCAGCUCAAAUACAGACGAGUCGUCUCAACAUGAUAGGGCUGGCAAAAGAGCUUCAAUUGGCUUGACACCAAACGACUCGAUUCUCGAUUUAUAUGGGCGCAUGUUUGGCAUCACCAUAACCCCAACGCCGGGCGACGAUAUCUGCUGGAAGAUAUCGAUGCUGAUUCCGACAAAAAAUGGGGGCUCUUUUGAAUUUUUGUUAAGAGAACAAAUGAUGCAGGACGAUGGGGAGCCUGCCCCGAGAAUGAUGGAAUACAUUCCAAUAACCCUUGCUUCGAAUAAUCAAUGCAGAGAGCAAUGCUUGAGGGGACUGCCAAAAAACCCGCCAUCCUAUUUGCUGGAAGAAAUUGCAUUCAAGUCUUCAGCGCUGCCCAUUUUCAUGUUUAACCUUGGCAAAUGGCUGCGGUCGUCGGUGUCAACAAUGCCAUCGAUGCUCGGCAACGAGGCCGGUGUUUGA